CUAUUCUUCUUUUAAAAUGGCCGAUUUGUCUUGUGUCUUAUCUUUUGUAUUUUGGUGAAGGUUCUUUUUUUGGUGUUUUCGUUUUCCUUAGAUAAAUAUAAAUCCAAGUGAGCAAAUGUAAAGAGUUUGUGAAUGUCUAAGGGGCAGUAAGUGGGUAUCAGUCCGACGUGUUUCUUGUUUUUCUUUAUAUUUUCGUUUUUUCAGUACAGCCAACUGGUAACUCAGUGGUGACAAUAGACAAGCAGAUAUCAAUGUUUAAUAUGUAUUUUUAUUCGAAACAAAAUGCUCUAAUGGGGUGUCAUGUGUAUUGUUGAGAGUUUUGUGUCGGUUUGUUGUUGACUUAUUAUCUGGAGUGUUCGAGAAGUUGUUUAAGUCGUUUCUGAAUAAUGUGGUUUACUGGAAAAGCUGAUUUGUCGAGUCACAAGGAGGCCCUGUUUACAGAGUUGAUGGUUGAAAUCAAAUCGGUCGUACCAGGUGCCCGGCUGUCCUUCAGUCUCAGGACUAAGUUGGAAAGGUUCACGAGGGCAGACAGGAGGGAAAUCGCCUGCAGGGUGAAAGACGGUUGUGCGCCCCUUUUUAUCGCUUGCAAGAGAGGUCACGUCGAGAUUGUCGAGUACCUCAUAACGACCUGUGAUGCUGACAUCGAACAAAAGGGCCUUUACGAAGUCCCCGACGAUCGCUCGGUCCAUAACGUCACACCUCUGUGGUGUGCAGCUGUUUCUGGGAAUCUACCUGUGAUACGUUGCCUUGUACACUAUGGGGCGGAUGUCAACGCAGUGUCUGAUUCGGGUUCGACCCCUGUGCGGAGUGCCUGUUUUAUGACACAUCUUGACAUUGUAUCGUACUUAGUCGAAUGUGGUGCCGACAUUCUCAAACCGAACUACAACGGCGGCACUUGUCUCAUCAAUUCCGUUCAGUCUGUUCAACUUUGCCUUUAUUUGUUACAACAUGGUGCUAAAGUCAAUGCUAGGGAUAUACAGAACAAAACAGCUCUCCAUUAUGCGAUUCAAGAACAUAGAUUUGAAACGACAAAGUUGCUCUUAGAAAAUGGUGCUGACCCUUUUGCUAAGAGUAGAUACAACGAUGACGCUUUGGAGACUGCUUGUCUUAAAGGGGCCGAUCAGAUAUUCUGCUACCUCACCGAGACUAUUAAUUAUACACCGGAGCGUCUGGCCGAUGCCCAUGAACUGAUCGGUUCUACGAUUCUAGAUGAACAUGUAGACACGCAGUUAGCAUACAGUCAUUGGGAAACUGCAAUAAGAAUAAGAGAAUCAGCCAAUCCUCCAAUACCAAAACGGCCUAAGGUAGAACCAAGAGCUGCAUUUGGACAUGCCACUGAGUUCACGACUGAGGAGGAACUCAGAAACCUUGUACUAGAUUUAGAUGCGAUGAGAACUCAAAGUCUACUGGUGUGUGAGAGGGUCCUUGGCCCGUACCAUAAGGAUACGCUGUUCCGCCUUAUGUAUCGUGGAGCGGCUUACGCCGACGACCUGAGGUUCCAGAAAUGUAUAGAUUUAUGGAGGAGAGCAUUAGAAAUAAGAGUUGAAAAAGAUUCUAUAUUAUAUAGUGAUACGUGUUUUACGGCACAAGCGCUGGUUCGCCUUUUUGUCGAUUUGAAUCUCAAAAGUGUGGCGAUGGUGGCAAACAGCGGUUUGAGAUACGAGGAGGAGCCCAAGUUCAAAGAUGUCCAUGCUACCUUCAACCUCCUGGCCGAUAAAAUCUCAUACUGCAGGCAGUUGCUUGAUAUUCGUCCAGUGUAUAAAAGACAACAGGAGAGUUUCGAUCGUAUUUUAAAAUGUUUAACUCACCUCAUUUACUUAAUGGUUGAAACUGCCAAAACAGAAGAAGAAAAAUCUUUGGUGAAAAAAAGUGUGAGAGAACUAGUCAAAGCCAAUCCUCAUUCAGCUUCCACUGGUGACACCCUACUCCACCUUUGUGUUUCUAGACUAAACACGAUCAAAAGCAGUUAUUUUACAGAUGAUAAUCUUUUAAUUUUUCCAAGUUUAGAAGUGAUAGAAUUGCUUUUGGAAUGUGGAGCUCCUGUAAAUGCUAGGAAUGAAUCUCGCUCCACUCCUCUCCAUGUUGCGGCAAAUCCUUACAAUUUUUUUAGUAAUUUGGUACAACUAUUAUUGGACCACGGUGCACAUCUUGAUCAACCGAACAGGAAUAAAGACAGCCCAUCACUUCUAAUUGCAAGCAAUCCAAUAAAUACAAUUUGCCUCAUAAAUUACACAACUCUAAAAUGUCUAUCUGCUUCGGCCGUUGUACGGUAUAACAUCCCAUAUCAAGGGCAAAUCCCAGUGACGCUCGAAACAUUUGUGAACUUCCAUAAUCCCACUUUUUAAAAAGAAUAUGAGAGCAUAAAUAUGAAAAAUAAGGGAAUUUUAAAGAUAGAGUCAAAAGAAAUAACGACUAGCCUGUCUCACAGUGAUGUAAGUCAGCCCUUCUCACACAUGAUCACAAUCUCCUCGUUUCUCACACGAUCACAACAAAAUGUUUAAAAACUUUUAAAAACAAUUAAAAUCCAAAAAUUCA